GGUGGACUCGGCCCGAACCGCUGCCUCCGCGGCUCCGUCUGUUGGGAGCGUUGCCCAGACAACAGUCACUUCCGGAGGCGGGGCGAGCCCGCUGGCCGGUCGGGCCCGGGCUCCGUGCGGGCCUGGGCGGCGGCACCUGCCCCGGGACUGGGUCGCCGGCGCCCCGCGCACCCAGCUUCCCGACCCCGGGCUCGGACUUGAGCAGCCGCCCCUCCACCCCCCCCCCCCCAGCCUCCCAGGACGCUGUUUCCCGUUGCUCCUGGCAACAGUCACUUCCGGGAGCGAGUGCCGUUCCCGGAGCGGCGGUUAGGCGGGCGGCGGCGGUGCCCGGGGGCCGAGGGGCGCCAUGGUGCUGCUGCACGUGAAGCGGGGCGACGAGAGCCAGUUCCUGCUGCGGGCGCCGGGGAGCGCGGCGCUGGGGGAGCUCACGGAGCAGGUGGCCCGCGUCUACAACGCGCGGCUCAAGGUGCAGCGCCUCUGCUCAGAAAUGGAAGAACUGGCGGAGCACGGCGUGUUCCUGCCCCCGAACAUGCAAGGCCUGACGGACGAGCAGGUGGAGGAGCUGAAGCUCCGGGACGAGUGGGGUGAGAAGUGCGUGCCCAGCGGAGGCGCCGUGUUUAAGAAGGACGACGUCGGACGCAGGAACGGCCACGCUCCAAAUGAAAAGAUGAAGGAAGUCCUGAAGAAGACGCUGGAAGAAGCCAGAGCGAUGAUCUCCAAGAAACAAGUGGAAGCCGGUGUGUGCGUCACCAUGGAGAUGGUGCAGGACGCCCUGGACCAGCUCCGGGGGGCAGUGAUGAUUGUGUAUCCCAUGGGCUUGCCGCCCUACGACCCCAUCCGGAUGGAAUUUGAAAAUAAGGAAGACUUGUCGGGCACUCAGGCGGCACUGAGCGUCAUCGCGGAGCCGGACGCGCAGCUGUGGUGGGCCGCCAAGGAGCUGCGCAGGACGAAGACGCUGUCGGACUACGUGGGCAGGAACGAGAAGACCAAGAUCAUCGUCAAGAUCCAGCAGCGGGGACAGGGCGCGCCCGCCCGGGAGCCGGUCAUCAGCAGCGAGGAGCAGAAGCAGCUGAUGCUGUUCUACCACCGCCGGCAGGAGGAGCUCAAGAAACUGGAAGAAGACGACGACGACUCGUGUUUGAACUCCCCGUGGGCCGACAGCACCGCGCUGAAGAGGCAUUUCCAAGGCGUGAAGGACAUCAGGUGGAGGCCGAGGUGAAGCUCCCGGCCAGAAGCGCCAGAGCACCGGCUCCCCUCUCUGCAGGCAGACGGUAACCAUAGCAACAGGAUGCCGUGACCACUGAGGGGUCGCUCAGCCCUCGGAAGGACCUUGGGUUUUCCAGGUUUCCUAGUUUCCGAGUUUGAGGUUUUACGAUAAAAUUGAUUAAAGGUCGUAGACUUCACACGUC